AUGUAUUCCACACAGAACUACGAGCAGCCGCAGACGCAGCCUGCUGGCCCACCGUAUGCAUAUCAGGGCUACCAGGGCAGCCACCAAGGGCAUUAUCAGGGCCCGUACCAAGGUCCACCGGCCGGACACGCUGCUCCUCCGGGGCCUUAUGGUGGCUAUGGGCAAGUAGGCAACAUGCCACAUGCUCAAGGUCAGCCCGGGGCCCAGCAGGCGCAGCCGCAGAAAGGCGCCCUGGGCUUCGCCAUGAACCCGGACUGGAGCCAAUAUUUUUUUGCAGCGUCGUGCUCAAUCAUGCUCGGAUCCUUCAUCGGCGGCCUUUGCCUCUUCUUCUCUUUCGAGCUGGUGGACUUCCUGGAAACCUGCUAUCUCAUGCUUUUCGGGGGCGUCCUUGCCUUGAUGGACACCCCGUGCUUCAAAACCAUGAAAACAGUAAAGGAUCACCGUGAGUACUUCUCGAAGUACAUCGGCAUCCUCACACGAGUGACAGGUAAGGGCAUCGCCUUCUUGUUCCUGGGCUGCUCGCUCUUCUCUACUCUGUGGGAUAAUCUCGAGAGCACCUUCAUGAAGUUUUUGGCGUUCGUCCUUUGUGUGUUGCCCAUGCUGGUUGGCGUUGCAGCCUUGGUCAUCGGCUUCAUCAAAAGCCAAAAGCUCAACAAAGCUCGCGAAGCACUUGCGAGCCAGAUAAGUGACAGCAUCGGCACCCUGUAUGACCAGUACGCUAGAACAUAUCCUGGUUUGCACGGUGGUCUGACGAUGGUGGAGUUUGGCGACCUGACCGACAAACUUGCAGGCUUCAAGUGGGAAGAUACGGACCUCAAGCUGAUCUUCAACGCUCUUGUCAGCAAUCCUGCUUGGCGGGCGAAUGCUACAGGUUUUGGUUCGCACGGUGGACAGACGAUUGACUUAGUCGCUGUCGCUUGUGUAACUUCUGCGGAGGACCUGCUUGGCUGGGUGCAAGGCACGAGCUUCUGGCUAACUGUGGCAGAUGCAUGGGCCAUGGGCAGAGCGAGCUCGAAGCGUGAGAAUGUUCACGGAAGUUACUUUCGACAACGGGACAACGCUGUCUGCUGGACUGGCGCGAUGGGAAUUAUCCUUGCCAAGAGGGUGCGCGAUAUCGGACCCUGUCUGGACGGAAGGGCUUUAGAAGACGGCGUGGGCAAGGGGGGAGCACGAUAUCGGCUGUGCGGCCGGGUGCACGGGGGUGCUUCAGCCUAUCUGGAGAAGUGUCGGCCUGACUACAUCGAGGAUGAUGUGCUGCUGGGGUUAGCUCCUGACGACAAGGACGAAAACCAGAAGGAUGAUGAGGAGGAAGAGGAGAACCAGGAACCCGAGGUUGAAGAGGAGGAGGAGGAGGACGAGGACAAGGAAGAGGAGGAUGAGCGGAAGUUGAUGGCAGAGGCGAGCUCCAGGGCAAAGGAGCGAGUACAAGCUGAGCUGAAGAAGUUCCGACAGGCAGCUAUCAAAGGCAACCGAUGGGCACUGAUGAAGAUGACUCGUUCGCCGCACUUGGCCAUCGAUUCGCCUGACCAGCACGGUCGGACAGCCUUGCAUCUAGCAGCGGAGCAUGGCCAACAUCGAGCUGUGGAGAUAUUGCUGGGGGCACGAGCCCGCCAUGACAUCAAGACAAAGAUGGGUUGGACUCCGCUGCACACGUCCGCGUUCCAUGGACAGAUUGCCUGCAUCAACCUCUUGCUGCAGUCCACGGCCGAUGUCAACUGCAAGGAGAAGCACGGCUGCACCCCGCUCAUGUUCGCGGCGUCUUCGCCCAAGCUAUACUUGGUGGACCUUGUGUCCAAGAAGGAUCGUGCGCGACGACUCAAAGCGCGCACGGAUGCUGAGAAGAAGAGGCGGGAGCAAGAGGAGGACCGCUUGGACUCAGAUUUGGCAAGUUUGACCAAAGAAAAGGGGGCGGGCAGCAUUUCCACAACGGCACCCAAUGUCGUGUGGAAAUUCUACCAGAAUCGCAUAGAACUUCUCGUCUUGAACGCGUUGCUCUCGUCGCCGAAGAUCAAGAUCGACGCGUAUGACAACAAGCGACGGACGGCUUUGCUUUAUGCGGCCCGUUUCGGGCGCACAUUUGCGGUAAGCCGCCUUUUGGAUGCCAAAGCGAGCCUGGGAUUCGCCGACAGAGAAGGCCAAGUGCCUCUCUUUGCCGCGGCGUGCAACGAGCACUUGGACACGGUCGACCUGCUGCUCCGUGCCGGGUCGAACAUCAACGCCACGGACCAGUAUUUUCGCACCCCCCUGCAUGGAGCUUUGGAGGAGGGAGACGAAAGCAUGGCAAACCUGCUGCUGAAAGCCGGUGCAAGUGUCAAUGCCUAUGACUGCGAGGGUCGAACUCCGAUCAUGUUGGCCAUGGACAGAGGAAACAGACGCCUCUUCUCCAAGAUUGUCGAGAAGAAAUCGAACUUGGAUGUGCUGGACAAGAGAGGAUGGAACGUGGUGAUUUACGCCAUCGAGACGCAGAUGUUGACAGACGUUUAUCCUUUACUUAUGAAGCUGAACAAGAAUGCCGCGAUCAUCCUUCGAGCCAGAGAUCCACAGGGCCUCAACGCUGUGCAUCACGCAGCCCAGCUACCCAGUGCAGAGCUGUCCACGAAGUGCGUCCAGCAGUUGGCCAACCUGGAUUUUGAGGCUGCUAGCUUCGGCGACUGCAAUGGAGACACUGCAAUCCAUUCAGCAGCUGAGCGUGGGCGGCUCGAGGUCCUGCGCAUCUUCAUUGACCGUCUUCCAUCCCUCGACUUCCUUAACAAUCGGGGAGAGACACCUCUGCACUACGCUGCGCGUGGCGGGCACAUGGCUUGCGUGGUGGCUUUGGUCCACGGGGCCUCCGGCCGCCAGGGUCCGUGCGAUGCAGGAGCCAUUGACUCUCAAGGAUGGAACUUGCUGAUGCACGCCUGCGUUUCUGGGCACCUUGACUUGGUGAACUUGCUUCUGCAGAACAGGGAGGGCCAACACCCCGACUUGGCUUUCCCGCCGCUGGACGUCAACCACGAAGAUCGCGCAGGGGUAAAUGCUCUCUGCGUGGCUGCACGGGAAGGACACUGGCAGCUGUUGCCUUCGCUGGUCCUAGCCGGGUCGAACACGGCGGGGAAGGACCGCGACGGCUUCACAGCAGUGCACUGGGCUGCCAUGGAGGACGAAGCUCUUACCAUGAAGUGUUUGCUCGACCUUGGGUUCGAUGCAAACGCAAAGGACUUCAAGGGCUGGACACCUCUGAUGCAUGCCUGUGCACGUGGAGCAGACGAAGUUGUCCGUGUCCUGGUGGACUUCUCGGCCGAGAUUGAUGCCCGCAAUUGGGAUGGCGACACUGCUUUGCAAAUCACCCAAAGACGUCGAGAUCCCCCCGAUGUGGUCGCGGUGACGAAGGAUAUCCUGCUCGAUGGCAUCAUGGGAGGCGAUGAGCCAGCCAAAGGAGGCUCCGUCGAGGCCAAUGGCCACAUGAUGGUUUCUGUCCUCGAGGCUACUGACCUCUAUCUUGAGGGCAAGACCGGCUUCGUGAACGCCUACGUGAACCUUCAGCUACGCACACAAACGGGUGCCAGGCCCCAGGCCGCAUUUACAUCGUGCGUCUUGCAGAACUCAUCGCCGGAGUGGCAUGAGGUUUUUCGCUUCGACACUGUCCGGGUGGAUCCGAGCGCCGUACUUGUGGCCUGGGUGGUCGCAGCCCCCGGGGAGAACACCAAAGAGGUCAUGGACGGAGCCGCGCUCGGCUUGGACGAGGUAGAGCUCCAAAAUCUCUCGCACAUGGAAGCCGUGACAGGGAAGACGCUGCACCAGGAACAGCCGCAGUUCACUUCGGCGCUUCAGGAAUCCUUCCAGCGCCUCAUGAAGCGGUCUGACAGGGAGGAGGAUGCAGAGGUCUUGCGACUCCGCAAGCUUGCGAUGGCUCAGCUCACUGGAACCGAGCCAACCGAAGACCUGAAGUUCUCACAAACGCAAGUCAAGGGGGAGGAUGGCCUCGCUCUGACUGAGAGACGCUGGAACGAGGUUUCCAACUUGCGCGAGGCGGGGCCUGGACAGAACUUACAGAACUUGCAGCAAGCCAUGAACGAAGGGCUCGACCCGUUCGAUCAGAAUCUUUGUUAUGGCCGUUACCUGUGGCUCCUGUUGCCGCCUAAAUUUCGGGGAAGCAGGAAUUGCCGGGGAAAUGUGGGGAAGCAUGAUUCAGGGUUUAGCACCUAUGCAGUGACAUGGCUUUGGCUCUGA